ACAGUCAGGCGCGACUGGACUGUCGUACCACUGCGACUUAUUCGAAACCUUUCCGUCCUCAAAGAUAAAUAAAUAAAGAAAAGAAACCUCUCCAGUAGCCGCACCGCCAGUGAGGUUGGAUAAGGAUGCACGGCGCUGGGACUGCGGGGUCGUGUGAGCGGAGAGAGAGCUCGGUGUGACGGCGCUGGCUGAGGCUGAGCUGGUCGGUCGUGUGAGCGCGAACAUGUUGAGUCGACUGAUGAGCGGCAGCGUGAGGAACCUGGAGAGAGAGUUUAGCUGCACCGUCCGCCUGCUGGACGACACCGAGUACACCUGCACCAUCCAGCAUACCCUGCUGAUGUACCCACUUCAACCCUAACGAGGGAUGCCAAGGGUCAGUAUCUGUUCGAUCUUAUCUGCCACCACCUGAACCUGCUGGAAAAGGAUUAUUUUGGCAUCAGAUAUGUGGACCCAGACAAGCAAAGGCACUGGUUGGAGUUCACCAAGUCAAUCUCCAAGCAAAUGAAAUCCCAGCCUCCAUUUACCAUGUGUCUGAGGGUCAAAUUCUACCCACCUGACCCUGCUGCUCUUAAGGAGGAAAUCACCAGGUAUCUUGUCUUCCUGCAGCUCAAGAGAGAUCUGUACCAUGGCCGGCUCCUCUGCAAGACGUCUGAUGCGGCAACACUGGCAGCUUAUAUCUUACAGGCUGAGAUUGGAGACUAUGACCCAGGGAAGCAUCCUGAAGGCUACAGCUCCAAAUUCCAAUUCUUCCCCAAGCAUUCUGAGAAACUGGAGCGAAGGAUUGCAGAGAUCCACAAGACAGAGCUGAUGGGGCAGACUCCAGAAACCUCCGAGCUUAACUUCCUGCAGAAAGCACAGAUGCUGGAGACAUAUGGUGUAGAUCCUCAUCCAUGCAAGGAUGUGUCUGGAAACCCCGCUUUCCUGGCCUUCACUCCCUUCGGUUUUGUUGUGCUUCAAGGAAACAAGAGAGUCCAUUUUCUCAAAUGGAACGAGGUUACCAAGUUGAAGUUUGAAGGAAAGACAUUCCAUAUAUAUGCAAAUCAGAAGGAGGACAAAAAGAUCAUCUUGACGUAUUUUGCUCCGACACCGGAAGCCUGCAAACACCUUUGGAAAUGUGGAGUGGAGAAUCAGGCGUUCUAUAAGCUGGAGAAGUCGAGUCAGGUGCGCACUGUGUCUAGCAGCAACCUAUUUUUCAAAGGCAGCCGCUUCCGCUACAGUGGGAGAGUGGCCAAAGAGGUGAUGGAACAGAGCGCUAAGAUCAAGCGGGAGCCGCCUGCAAUUCACAGAGCCGGUCUAGUGCCCAGCAGAAGCUGUCCAUCCAUCACUCACGGGCCGCGGCUAAGCAGCGUGCCACGCACUCGCCGGAGAGCUGUCCACAUAUCCAUUAUGGAGGGUCUGGAAUCGCUGCGGGACAGUGCCCACUCCACGCCCGUACGCUCCGUCUCCCAUGGCGACUCCUUCAUCCCGCGCUCUCGCAGUCAGGCGGCGGAGGCCGGAGACAGCUCGGCCGUGAUAGCCGAUGAAACCUACAGCCCGUCGGACAGCGUACUACCCACACCGGUGGCCGAGCACAGCCUGGAGCUGGCAGUCUCGCGCCAAAUCAACGGCGCCCCCUGCAGCAUUGAGGAGGAGAAGGAGUCAGAGGCGGGGACGCCCAUGGGGGUGGAGCCAGGCGAGCUGGGCGCGGACAGCAGGGCGGCAGGCUCGCUGCAGGCGGCUGCCCUCAGCGAGGCGGAACAGGUGAAUAAGUUUGUCUUAAGUGUCCUCCGUUUGCUCCUUGUGACCAUCGGACUCCUCUUUGUUUUGCUCCUCCUCCUCAUCGUCCUCACCGAGUCCGACCUUGACGUAGCCUUUUUACGUGAUAUCCGCCAGACCCCCGAGUUCGAGCAGUUCCAUUAUGAAUACUUUUGUCCCCUCAGGCGGUGGUUCGCCUGCAAGCUUCGCUGGGUGGGCGGGCUGCUCAUUAACAAGUGAACGUGGGGCGUAGCUCUCGUUAAAAAGCCCACCGCCGUGGGGGGUCGAGAAGACGACAAACACGACGGAGAGAGGCGGAGGGCAGCAAGCCGCCUCCCAACCAUGAACACCUGGCUUCUCUCAUGAUUCUCCUGCUGAUGUGCCCCAGGCCUCCAACGCCAGGAGCUCCCCUCUCCUCCUCUCUUUUAACCCCGCCCUCCUCCUUUAGCAUUUUGACAUUUUUUUCUUCUUUUCCCCCCAUCCUUCUCAGUUUCGUCCGUUUUUUCUUUUUUAAUUAAAGACAAGACUUUUUUCAUGAAUCAUGAUUUUCCUCUUUUUUGGAAUUUCAGGUCAUUUCAGGUGUUUUAUUUUUGAAAAAAAAAAAGAACAAAAAAAAAGACAAAGUUGACUCAAAGAACUGAAGAUGAUACUUUUCCUUAUAUAGGGAUGAAAUAUUUUGUUGCAACAAAAGAAAGUUGCCUUUAUUACUAUUUAUUUUGCAUUGAUGAUAAACAGUUUUAGAAGGUGGCACACGGAGGCAGAACAGAAAAGGAAGGUUAUAUGUGAAGCUAAGUAAGUAUGUGAAACUGGCGGACAACCAGUGCUUUUUAGAGAGUUCACUCAUAGUUCAUGUCCAUCCCUCAUUCAGUCAUUGGUCAUUCAUUUAUCGCAGGCUGCUAUAACUUACAGCAAAUAACGUAAGCAUUGAUUGAUCUGGUGAGCAGUGAGGUGUGUGUCCUAUGAUGUGAGAUUGUGUAAGUUGCUUUUAGAGAAGGACUGACUGUCCGCGCGAGUUCUGAGGGUAAAUGUUAAUCAAUAAAGGUUUUGGGUAUUUUGAAGUUAUGUACUUUGGCGGAUUAUUUUCAAAUCGUCCUACGUUUUUAGGAGUAUAACAGUACGUGAGCAGUAGAAAGCUGUGAAGUAGAAAUCCAUUUUUAAGACGGUUUUCUAAAGGAUAAAGAAACAAACCAAGUAAGUGUGUGUUCUGUCAUGUGACCCAAUAGUAUCAGUACCUGUUAGAAAAGUGUCCAUGGUUGACCUCUUGAAAACACCUAGCAUCCAUAGAUCCAGUCUAGCUAGAUGCGCAAUACUGUAAAGUUAUACCACUUUGAGGGUGUUCACCUGCUUUUUUGUUUUAUUUUCUGGUCUCAUUUCUUUGGUUUUUCAUGUCCUGAGUUUAUUAUUGCUAGGAGAAAAUUGGAAGAUGUCUUAUUGUAUAGAGAACGACACGGUUGUUUCAAUUCCAUAUCAACCUGCUCUUACAUUUGUACUUUGUGGAUAUCAUGCUAUUUACUUAGAAUUACAAUAAUGAUGCUGUACUUUUUUGUACAAAAGUAGUUAGUUUCCUAAUAUAUAUUGACAGUUUUUUUCCAUGUAUAUUUUAACAGAACUGAAAUGUUAUUUUGUUAUUGAAGAUUAAAUUAUACCUUUUUUAGCUCUGCGUUUCAGGCGAGGUCUAGAAUUUGUGGUGUAAUUGCUGGGGGAGACAGAAGGCUUUCAAUCCAGAUCCACUGUCCAUUUCCACCCACUCUCACUUAGUCAACAGCAAGCCUUCUUUGCAUGCAGGCGGCAAAUUGUGCUUCAAAGAGGCAUUGCAUGCUGGGUUAUGGAGGACGUCAUCCGCUCUGCACAGUCUAGACCAAAGACUGUGUGCUGUUUACCGUUAAUGUCACAGGCAAUAUGUACUUGAAACUGCGAAUCAGUCUUUAUUGUACUGUAUAUAUGUUAAGACAGAGCUGAUGAUUACAAAGACAUGGCUGUUUGGACUGGGUGGAAAAAAAUCUUGGUUGUUUAUCUGUCUGCUCCCUUCAAACUGAUGUAGAAAUGUGUGCGUGUGUGAGCGAAUGGGAAAGAGAAAAUAUUAAAUAUUAGAGAUGCAGAUCUCUUGAGUGUUAGAGGAACACUCUAGCAGUUUUUAGCCUAAUCUCUGUCUGCUGCAUCUACAACAUCUGGUCAGUUACCACAGACUGCUGGCACGUUUCUCUGUACAGAAGCACUGUUAUCUCAAAACAGAAGAAAAUAGAAGACAAGGUGCCACCUUCUACAGAUGUGGCAGGUAGAGAUUAGGUUGAAAAUUGGCAGGUUUUCCUCUAAGUCUUAUUUUUGUUUGCUGGGAACAGUUUUUGGGUUCUUGAAAAAAAUGAAAAACAUGGCAAAGAUGGUGAUGGAAAUGUCUGUGUUUGGCUUUAACCCUCAUACUCAAACAGUAGGUUUAAUUCUGGCAACUCGCAGGCCUGGUUGAUGUAUUUGAUUGACAUGUUUCUAUUUGAUCACUAAUGUACACUGUUGCAACAGUUUUUUAUGGAUGUGUCUACAGUGCUUGGUUUGAUUAUUCCUGUAGUGUUUAUCAGACACGUGUUGCUUUGGAAUGGAGGUUACACUGGAACAUCAGCACGAUCAUCUCAAAUGUUACACAGGUUACUCUUGCAUCCAUCUGCUGCUUGGCAGCUUUGGGUGCCGUCUUCCACAGUCAUCAGAAGCUGAAGGUUCAUCAGUUGGACACCCAUACAGUGGCAACGGAGCACUGUAGCACACUAUUUUUAAACCUAGAAUCCAAAAGCAGCUGUAAGCACAUUCAGCAGGUGGCAGUAUAAGGGUGGUCACAAUCACAAAGGCGAGAGUCACUAAAGUAAUGCAUGUCUUACCUAAAGAAGUAUUCAUGCAUGCAUUUUCAGCAGCCUUGUAAUGGAAGAAUAUCGCCCAAGUCUUUUCUAUUUUCUUAUUAUCUGCAAGAGGGGCAAGCAGUACAUUUCCUUCUAUUACUUUUCUGGUGAAGACCUAUAUCUCCUAUAUCAAUAAACGGAGUGAUGUAACGUCAGAUAUGUGAACGAUCAAAUGUAGGCUAGAGGAUGGUCAGUUUUUAUUCUUUCUACAGCAUUUAUGUAGCCUGGGUGGCCCAUCCUGCAUGCACCCAAUACCGCUGGCAGCACCAUUCAAUAAGCAAUAAUUAGUUCAGCUGUAAAAUCACAAGAACAAUGAUUGUCUUGACGGGUUUUUGUGGUGUUUUGUAGCAAGGGCCAGGCCACCUAUUUUUUCUUUUUUCUUUGGUGGGAUGGGUGGGGUUGACGAAUAACUCAAUAUCACUUGAGUCAAAGUUUGUGCCUGAGCUCAAAUAACAUGAUCAUUUCCAACACUCGCUACAUUUUAUGCUCAUUGUAAUCUGAAUUGGUUGUGAAUUUGAACUGGCAACGUUUUUAAUAAUUUGACUUGGACACGUAAGUAAGGAAAAGCGAGAGGCACCUUAACGGUUAAAAGUACUACAUGCAGUAUUAGAGAGGAUGGCAGUAGCAGUAGAAACUUGGAUAUGUCCGGGUACACUAAUGCACCCUACAUGUGCCGUUUUGACUGAUUUCGGGAGGAGUGAGCAUGUUUUCAAUGGAAGUCAGUCAUUUUCUUAAAAUAAAAACACACUUCAUGGCAUUUACUGCCUUCUUUUGGUGGGUAAUCGGACACGUCACCUCAGUCAAUCUAAUGUUGAAUUCACCAAAUCUAGAUGUAAUUACAGAUGCAUGCUGAGACUGAAGAUUAGCAGACAAGAAGUUGUCACAUCAAAAAUACUUUGUCCUGUUGCCACGGCCCAAUCACUGUCCAUUACGGAAUGAUGUCUCGACAUGUCUGUUCAAGUAUGAGACACUGAUGUUUUUUUCUCUCAGACCCAGUAACAAAUUGGCUAAGAAAUAUCAGUCUGUCCAAGCAUUAUGGGAUCUCUCUGUACUCCCUAGAGACCAGUAGCCUUUUGAGGCCCUAACAAGAUUUGCAAAUGAUCACAGAAAAAGUCACUGAUUCUUAAAACUAGUAGACAACCAUGCAGAACACAAGAUUCCUAAACAGAGAUCCACAAGCCUAACUAUAAUCUUGCAUGUAGUACUUUUAAAAUACUGUCUUGGAGUAUAACCUCUGAAAAACCUUCCCUUACAAAGAUUACUUUAGGCAUUUUUACUGCUGCCAUACGGAAUGACCAGGGUCAGAAUAGGACUACCGAUUAGGGAGUGGAUCCCUCAGUGCAAGAGAACAUGGCAUGGCUAGAACAUGACUUCAAUACCUAUCUGUGAUUUAACUGUGAUAAUGGUCAUGAAACCAUCACUACUCAUUUUGUACCAUCAGUGCACUUUUCAUUGGCACUAAAUGCUUUAAAAUGUUAGUCUCUUAAAUCGGGCUCCUAUUUAAUACAUACGUUUGAUACUGGUGUAUGUUGGAUAUAAUGGUUGUGAACUUAACUGUUUAUUACUAUCAUAAUAUUGGUCUGCUGUAUGCUUUCAUGUAGUUUUCCACUUAAAAAACUGGCUUUUCCAGUCAGUUGUAUGGAAGAUGUUUUUGUAUCUCUCACUGUACAGCAAAAGAGAGGUGUACUGAUGUGGAGUUGGACAGCAGCCAUCGCCAUAUUCUAGCAGUCACUCCGGAGUGCUUUCACAAUAGCUUUGCAGAACACCGCAUUGCAGAUAAUGUACUUUACGGCUCUGAAUUAAUAUCCACUCUGGGGCCACACAUUAUUACAGCAUUGGCUGAAUCAGAUCCAGCUUGCUUAUAGGAAGGAAAUAGGACUGUUGGUCAAAGAUACAGGUUCAGUAUAGUCCAAAAUAAGGAAUGAUUAAAAGAAUGGUUUGGAAUAAUUAAUAAUAAAAGAAUGGUUUUAAACAUAAAAAUAAACCCGUUUUCACUUACUUCAUAUGUAGAUGUGUUUGGUGUCAUUAAUUCAGUGCUGGAGCCAUGAGGCUAACGUUGCUAACAAACCCUAGAAAUCAAGACACCCAGAUCUUUCCUGUAAGCAAAGCCCCACAACUUCUCUCUACCCACUCAAACUUCGUAAGGUCCCACAGGCUUUGUGGUUUAGAGGACAGUACGACUUACUGUGAAGCACAAACAUGAGCAAAACUCCACUGCGUAGCUGAACGUGUCGUGUAGCCGUUUGACAACAGCUGGCAAAUUGUGACUCUCAAUCCAACUCCGCUCCGCGCAGACGCACCGACUUCUACUGUUCCUAUGUAUUAACAUGCCUCUCCAACUGGACAAUUCACCAGCCUUUAUUCGUAAUAGAAACAACAGAAGAACCUGAUCUGUCCAGUCCUGUGAAUUUAACACACGUCUCUGAAAUCUAUGCCUGCUGGGUUUAGCUACGAGGUUCUGCUCAUUUUAUAGCUCACAGGAAGUCUUACUGUACCUCAACCACAUCGACAGGUCUGCGCUACCCUAGUGAAGUCUUUAGUGCAGGUUGAGAGAUUCUGGGGAUGAAUUUACAGAAAGGAUUUGAGGGUCUAUUGACUUCUGUUGUUUAACGUUAGCUUUUAGCUCCAGUGUUAAGUUCAAGAAGCUAAAUUUGGACAGCAGACCUGUCUUGGCUGGUCGACUAUUAUCUGUAGUUAAUAGUGUAAAUGUCAUUCUUCUCCUAACCAUUCCUUUAAAGGCAAGCUUGUAAUGACUCCAAGAUCAUGUAUACCGAGGUAUUCUGAAGUAAACGGGAAAGCAACAGCUGGUCUCCAGCAGUGCCCAGGCAUCCUUACUAUUAGCUACACGCGCUGGAUCCACAGAUCACUGGCUGAAGGUGAUGGUCUCUGCCGAUGUACACUAAACUCUCUUUGUAAUCAGAGAUCAUGCAGUGUUAUGGCUAGAAGCAAUUUAUCAUUAUACUCUGAAUGAACCUUAAAGUCACAUCCGAUAGGUGACCAAAAACCUAAAAUUGUCACCAUGGAGCUACUAGACUGAGAUGUGUCUCUUCCCUUAAUGCACCGUGCUCGUUACUUUACUAGCACCCCUCAAACUCUCCCAACAGCUAUGCACAUACAUGCACACCUGUGUGUACGCAUAGAUCUGAGUCCUCGUGAUCCCUGUAACCUGCAUCUUUUUCGACUCGACGCCGGAGGUCGCUGUUUAGUUACUUAAUAUAUAAAUAGAUCUGCAAAUAUAUACAAAUUUAUGUGCCAAACACGGCUCCUGUUGAGUCCGAUUCAUUCCAAAACCAUCUUUGUACUGUAGGAAACCUUCCAUGCGAAACGGUAUUAAAUAUUGUUUCUCUGAUAGUCCCUUGUAACUGGUGCCAUGGAAAUAUUCAAACUUGAAAUAAACAUUCAAAUGUGUUCAAA